AUGGCGUCGAGUUUGCACAUGUUUCCAGAUAAAGAGGCCAUCCAAGACUCCCAUGACAGUUAUAUGGAGGAGACGAACAAGAACAAUGAAAAUGUAGUUACUGAUUAUACGCCAAAGCUUGACAUGGAGUUUGGUUCUGAACAAGAGGCAUACGAAUUUUAUAAUGAGUAUGGACGAAAUUAUGGGUUUAGUAUUCGUAAAGAUUGGUGUUGCCAAGCACAUAUGAAGAUUCGACUUGAUAAAAAGAAGGAGAAAUAUUGUAUACAGAGCCUUGAGCUCAGUCAUAAUCAUGCUCUUCAUGUUUCACAUUGUGCUCACAUGAUGCCAUCACAACGAAGGAUUUCACAUGCACAAGCAUUGGAAAUUGAUUUGGCUUAUGAUAGUGGUAUAAAAUUGAAAGAUUCGUAUGAGUUUAUGGGUAGGCAAGCUGGUGGGAAAGAUGUUCUUAGUUACACCAAGCAAGAUCAUAAAAAUUACCUUCACAGCAAGCGACAACGAGAGCUGAAAUAUGGUGAGUCAGGGUGUUUACUUAGAUACUUUGAAAAGAAAAAGCGAGAGAAUUUUUCCUUUUAUUAUUCAUUACAGUUGGAUGCUGCAGAACAAAUAACAAAUAUUUUUUGGGCAGAUGCGCAAAUGAUUGUUGAUUAUAAGUUAUUUGGUGAUGUAGUUUCUUUUGAUACGACAUACAGAACUAAUAAGGAAUAUCGACCGCUUGCAAUGUUUGUUGGGUUUAAUCAUCAUAGAGAGGUUGUGAUAUUUGGGGCAGGACUUUUAUACGAUGAAACUAUAGAGUCAUUUGAGUGGUUGUUUGAAACUUUUUUUGAGGCAAUGUCAGGGAAGAAGAAGAAGCCAAAUACAAUCUUUACUGAUCAAGAUCCAGCAAUGGCAAAAGCUAUCUUAGUGGUGAUGCCUAAUACUUACCAUCGAUUGUGUACGUGGCAUUUAAUGCAAAAUGCUUUGAAACAUAUUGGUCAUUUAUUAAGAGGUGAGAAUGGGUUUAGAAGUGAUCUUAAUGCAUGUUUUAAAGUUUGGGAAGAGGAAGAUGAGUUCCUUAGUGCUUGGGAUGCUAUACUUCAUAAGUACAAUGUAUGUGAUAAUUCUUGGCUACAACGUUUAUUUGAAGUGAAAGAGAAAUGGGCUAAAGCAUAUGUCAAGAUGUCUUUUUCUGUAGGAAUGACUUUGACACAAUUGAGUGAAAGUUUGAAUGCUGACUUGAAGGAUUAUUUACAGUCAGAUUAUGAUAUUGUAAAGUUCUUCACACAUUUUGAUAGAUUACUUAAUGAUAAGCAUUACAAGGAAUUGUUGGCGGAGUAUAAUUUAAGACAAAAGUUACCAAAGAUUAAGAUGUUAUCACCUAUCUGGUUUUGGCUUGAAUCACUUUGGUUUCCGGCUUUCUGCUGUACAGGAAGUUACCUACGUUUGAUACAAUGGAAAGAUUCUCAAGCAAAUGGUCACAUCCUAUAUGGUAUCCCCCAGGGAAGAACAAUAGGGUUUUUGUUGUCUUCUCUUUUAAUUGAAGUUUAUGCUCAGUAUGGGGCUGUUGCAAACGAAUUGAUAUUGCUGAUUGUGAAAGUUUGA